GUGGCUUGUUCUUGGUGAGACGGAGUCCAGUGACUCCGGAGAUUUUGCUGUCACCUUGUUCUUCUCGCAGACGUCCUUUAAAGUGAUGCAAAGCUCCCUGAUCCGGUUGAUGGCCGCGGUGGCCAAGUGGUCCGUGGAAGGGAGCAUGGAGGUUGAGGAAGCUGUGCGGGUCUUGCGUGAGGGGCUCGAAGCCCUGGCCGCCCUGAUGUGCAGCAAAUCCAAGCUACUGGCGGAGAUGUUGCUGCCAUUCUGGCUGACGGAUCGGUUGUGUGCCCCCUCCCUUGGCCCGGCUCUGGCGGAUCUUCUGGAAGUGGCCUUGCGCGAGCACAGCGCCGCCCUGCUGCUCCCGCAGCUUCCAUCCGUGAUGUCCCUGCUGCUCAUGGCAGUCGAGAAGGACGCAGAGUCCGCCGCCCUGCUCGCAGAACUGCUGCCGGCCCUGCGCGCGGCCGAUGUCCCCUCAACAGAUAAAUGGGCCGCCUUGGUGCCCGGUGCGUCUAAGGAUCACCAUGCUGAUGAUGGUGAUGGUGAUGAUGAUUAUCAUCACCAUCGUCAUGCCAAUGUCGUCAUCGUCAUCGCCACCAUCACCAUCACCAUCACCAUCACCAUCAUCAUCAUCAUCAUCAUCGUUGCCGCCAGCGUCAUCGUGCCCAACUCCUCCUCCUCCUCCUCCUCCUCUUCCUCCUCCUGCUGCCUUCUCCUCGUCAUCACUCAGGUGCACCUGAUGGCCAGAGCUAGCGAAUUCCAGGACUCAGAGAAGGCCCAGUUCCUGAAGGAGCUCCUGGCGAAAAGUACAGGUAGGCACAGGGUUUUGGGGCACUUGUCCAUGGCUUCUGGCAAGAUUGGCGAAGAGGCGGGCAAGUGCUUCAAGGGCCGGAUCAAGUCAUACCAGCCGGGCAACGGCUAUGGCUUCAUCGAGUGCCCAGAGACGUACCAGGACUUUGGCCGUGAUGUGUACUUGAGCCGACAGCAGCUGGAGCAACUACGCAUUACCACAAUUCCAUCCAACACGGAUGUCGCGUUCAAGGUUUACGUCCGUGAUGGCAAGCCACAGGCGUACGAUUUGGAGCUGCUAUGCCAUCCAAGGGAUGGGAGAGGUUCCGGCUACAGCGCCCCUUUCGGUCCCGAGGCAGGGUUCGAGCUCCGGGCCAAGCAAUGCGAGCAUGCGUUGAAUCGCUUUGCAGAUUGCUUGCGGACUUUGUCUGAGAGCCUGGAUCUGCACGGCCUAGGCCAGCAAUCUCGCCGGGCACUGCAAGAAGCGGAUGCAGUGCUACAUUGCGAGGAGUGCCGUCGGGAUGAGCAGACGCAAGGCUCAAAGAUCCUGCUUCUCUUAGAGCAGGCACGACAAAAAUGGGACGACGGGAACAACCUGUGUCACCGAGCCCUCAGAAAUGCGCUGAAGCAACGACUUGAGGCGCCAGCGGAGCCUGUCGAAAUGCCCAUAUCACGGCUGCGGUUCACACAAGCCAGCCACAGCAAGAGGUUUCUGCACGGCCCCCAUGCUGGGCAGCGCAUUGAGUCUCUGACAAGGCAGCUGCUUCGCGGACAGACUGCUUUGGACGAUCCUUCCAUGCUGUUGAAUGUCGUGUACUUCCACGGCUCGUACCGUUCCCUCAACAACCGGCACUUGACAGCCAUCGUGAAGUACGCGGAGGAAAUGGAGACACAGAGUCGAUUGCCCAAGAAGUGUCAUGUCCGCGUUUGGCCGUUGGUUCGUGGCUUGCGCAUGAUUUAUGAGGAUGGCUCGGAGCAGGAAGUUAUCCGCAAAUUUCUCCGCUCCAACGACAGUGUAAGUGACGGCCUCAGUAUCACAUGCAAGCGGCGAGCAGGACGGCAGACGGCCGUAAACCAAGAAGUGUGUGUCCACCUUUCCAACUUAGAUGUGAAGGUGGAAGAGCGUGAACUCUACUGGCACCUUAGAGAAGGCCUGCAGGACUUUAACAAGUACAAUAAGGUGACGAUUGCGCGGCGUCCGGACGGACGCUCCAACUGUCACGGAUGGGUGAUGCUGGAGAACCUAGAGGAGGCAGAGCGGUUGCUCAAGGCGGAUGUGCCGCCGCUGAGAGGUCGGCCCCUGAAGAUGCGCUUGGACAAUGUCUCCGCCACAAAGCUGCAAGGCUCCUCAGGCAGCGGGUGGGUGCGCUGCAGGAACUGCCAAGAAGCGUGUGCUCCCCUUCUCGAUGUGCUAUUGGUGGAAGAUGUACGGCUUCGGCGAGAUGCGGUCUCUGCCAGGUACUUCGAUGAGGUACCCACAUUCUUUUGUAUCGGGAAGGAAGACUCCCUGCAAAACUGCGACGUGAUUUCCCCGCACCCCGAUUCAGCCGAGAUGUCAUUCAAGCUUUCCCUCAUUAGAUGCAAGUGUCAGAUGGAUCUCGGUAACAUACAGAAGGCUUCCCGCAUGCAGGGGAAUGUGGGAGAGCUCUUAGGCGAGCGGGUCGUCCACUUCAAGUGUGCAUCCCUUCUCCUGGAACUCUCCGACCGCCAAGAUCUUCUCUUGGAGGUGCGAAAGUGGCAGUACUUGGCACAAGCGACGGGUCGGGAGUCUCCGUACCGCCUGAGUCAGCUGACCAUGUCCGAAGCCAUCGACAGCCUCGGACUGAGUCUAAACUCGAAGGUGCCAGCGAGGGCGUUCUUUGUGCCACAGAACGACGAAGUCGAGUUGUGGCAGUUUUUUCUAGGCGCCGGCUCCUCGAGCUGGCGUCUGCUGCUCCGGGCGCUGGAGACCUUCGGCGAGGUGGAACUGCUGCAGGAGCUGCUGCUGUCAGCAGGCCUUCAGAAGACCUUGAAAGGAGCAAAGGUUUCGGAGAAGGAGGCGUCCCUUGCAUCGGCCCUGGGCGCCUUGAUCGCUUUUGCGGUGCUCGGGGGCGACGAGGGUGGUGAGGAGGAGAUGCCUAUGCUGGAUCCGGUAUUCCAGAUCAGCACAAGGGUGAAGUCUCUGGCAGCGCUGCCAACACCCUUGGAAUCGGCACCCAAUCCUCUCCGCCGCCGACCUGUCUUCGGCCGCACUCGGGCACGGCCAGUGGCAGAGGCUCCGAGAGAAGUCCUGCUCCUCUGCGCCUUCUGCAACACGACGGAAUCCGAGAGCUUGAGAGGCAGUCGCCCGUGCUGCCCACGCUGCGGUGCAGAGUUGCUUUCGGCGGACCUUUCCGUGCCGCAUCUCCAGUCCCUGCGCCGUCCUGCAGCCAAGCGCGGCCGGUGGCUGCGCCAGCCGCAGGACUUCAUGAGUCUGGUAGUGAAGCUGCGACGCUUGGCUGCAGGGAUUAGGUGCAGGGAUUAA